UCCUCAAGCGCGAAGCGGGGAGAUUUGCCCGGACACUGCUCAAAAUACUGUUGAAGCACUUGUCGCCCAACAGUCGAGGAAACGUGACACCAGACCUGGUGCUUAUCAUGGUCAAAUUAGCCGUAGUUGGCCAAGGUGGACGGCUCUCAAUCCGGAAGACUUGCGUUCGCCACCACCGGUGCUGGCCUCGUUCUGUUGUUUGCUGCAGUACACGACCAAUGUCCUCUUCGCUCUUCGAAUGCCAAGCAGCAGGAGUGCUAGCGGAGCUGGUGCGGGAAAACGAGCCAUCCUCCUCCGAAAUGUCUAGCGGCUUGAUGAAAUCCAUCAAAGGUAAUCCGCUCACGGCCGUCGUGGAAGACUUGACGGUCGACGAACUGGGACUAGGUUACGAUGUCGAGAGUGAUGGCGACGAAUCCGGACGAGGAUUUUUAGUGCAAUCAGCUGUGCACUUUUGUCAUGACGCCAAAAGAAUUCAUGAAUCAACACUGGUACCACUGUCUCAAGUGCCGGAUGGUGGACGGUGUCGGUGUUUGUUCCGUCUGUGCCAAAGUCUGCCAACGGGCUCAUGAUGUGACUUAUUCCAAAUUUGGCAGUUUCUUCUGCGACUGCGGUGCCACGGACGACAGAUCGUGCCAGGCUUUGGUCCGUCGACCUUCUCAGCCGGAUCGAAGAAGCUCCCACUGUCCUCGAGACAGCGAGUCGGCCAGGGGCCUCCAUCAUACUAUAACGGACCAAUCGCUGCUCAAACAGUUGGGUUUCGAAGGGG